CGCUACGGGCUGCACUGUUGCUGCUGCCUGUCAACAUCAGCCGCUGAGGGCAUCUGUGGCCAGGACCUAGUUAGAAAUUAAAGGGUCGUGCCAGGGUCCAAUCGUCACCAUGCCCAUGUAUCAGGUAAAGCCAGUGUGUGGCGGUCACAUAGAAGUUGAUUUACCCACGUGCAUGUACAAAUUACCAAAUAUCCACACGCAGGACGGGAACAGCUCCGUCUCCGACCACGCGCUCCAGAAUGGUGAACUGGACCCCGCUGUUAAAGCCCUGGAGGCUCGUCAAGAUGAGAUUAUGCGUAAACUGUAUGAGCUGAAAGCGGCAGUAGAGGGACUGGCCAAGACUGUGACCACUCCAGACGCAGAUCUGGACUUGACAGUCAGCAGCAGCUUAUCUUCCCAGAGCCCCACAGACACGACCUUCCAAAGCCCGGCUGACCUGGAAUUGCUACUGGGCAAGGACCUUGGUGCCCUUCGUGAUAUUGUAAUCAAUGCCAACCCUGCUGAACCACCUCUGACUCUGUUUGUGCUCCAUGGCCUGCUGUGCCAACGUUACCGAGUUCUGUCAUCUGUCCAUGUGCACUCCUCCGUAUCCAGUGUUCCGCCACAGCUCCUGUCCUGCCUCGGACCACGCCAUGCAGACAGCUAUGCUCGGCAACUAUUCCAACUUGGCUUCACGCUUAUAUGGAAAAAUGUUCCAAAGCUCCAGAUGAAGUUCAGCAUUCAAAAUAUGUGCCCUAUUGAAGGGGAAGCCAACGUAGCCCGCUUCCUCUUCAAGCUGCUCAGCGUUUACCCCUCUGACCCUGUAAUGGCAACACUGGUAGAUAGUUGGGUGGACACCGCUUUCUUUCAGCUGGCAGAGGGUGGUCCUAAGGAGCGAGCUACUGUUCUGCGUGCUCUUAAUUCUGCUCUGGGACGUAGCCCAUGGGUGGCUGGGGUCGACUUCUCUCUGGCAGACAUUGCUUGUUUCUGUUGUAUGCAAAAAAGUGUCCCUGCCUCCUCUGCCCCUGCUAAUGUCCAGCGUUGGCUUAAAUCUUGUGAGAAUCUAGGCCAUUUUAGCCCUGCAAAACUCCUUCAGUGACAUUAACUUUUCUUUACUUAGACAAUAUUGAAAAGUGGAAAAAGGGAAUUGGGAAUGAAACUUAUUUCUGCUAUGGGUUGCUACAAACAUUACCUUUCUAAACCAGAAGCAAGAUGACUAGUGUUUAUAACAUCUGAAAUGUGAAGUGAGUACAUAACUUACCAUGCUCCCUUUUUAAAAUCAAGUCAGAUUUAUGCAUUAGUGGAACCAUGGUAGUUUUUAUAGAUGGAGGCUGAUUUAAGGGACAGCCCACACACUAAAUUAUACUGAACAUCCACAUUGUGCCUAAUACAAUAGUGUGUGUGUGUGCGUUAACAUGAGAAGAAAACUUUGAAAAGUAAUAUUUGUAUUCUGAUGUUAAUAAAAUGUCUGAUUUGGUUUUGA